UAUCUGUGAUUGCCCGCCGUGGUUUGCUUGACCUGAGAUGUUUCAGUUCUAUUUAUAUAAGUAUGGUCCAAUGACGUAUUUGUUAAGAAGCUUUAAUACACUCGGCGACCAGGUGACGACCCAUGAUGGCAUGACACUAUAGAGAGCAGGCGAGCUGUAAGUCUGUAGGUAUCCCAAAUUGAUCAGAUGAAUGGAUACUUAAUUGAUGAUAAUGAAAGCUGAUCACGAGCAUGUACUCAACCAGGACAACGCCUGACAGACCAGAUUCCUAAUAAAUCAGUGACAUGGAUCGGACAAGCCUCAGUGACUUGCAGUGUGAGGACGGUGUUGAGAAAAUAAACAUGAUCGCAGGCGAAGAUGAUAGAAAACCGAUGAAAUAUGAAACAGACUGUCAUGCGGACGCUUUUGAUGAAGAAGGGGACAAAAAGACAACGGAGGAAACUAUACGGAUGGGAAUAACAGAUGAUCUGGUAGACGAUCAUGCUAAUGGAAAUGGUAGACCUUCAGAAGUAUGUCGACCGAUGGGAAUUACAGAUAAUCGGAGGGACGAAUUGAUAGGACAACGAGGAGAGGUCAGCAUAAUGACAAAGGAGACUGAUGGUGCAGAAACACUUAAUAAUAGUGUCAAGGAAGAAAAGAAAACGGAACUAGAUGAAAAAUCAACCGAAUGCCAAAAAUACGGCAAUCCCGUAGAUCAAGGAUGGGCAUGGGUUGUACUUAUAGGAAGUUUCGGAAUCUGUAUGCUUAUCAUAGGAGGUCUCAAGUCUUUUGGCGUACUGUAUGUCGAACUGGCCAAGAAAUUCCAGGUGUCUAACCAAGUCCUGUCUAGUGUCCAGUCUUUGGCAGGCUUCUGUUACCUCUUCUUCGGUCCUGUUUGUAAUGCGCUGAGUACCAGAUUCACCCAUAGAGUGGUGAUUUUUACCGGUGGGAUCAUGACCAGCACAGGCCUGAUUUUGUCUUCACUAGCGCCCUCUGUCGUCGUACUCUUCUUCACCUAUGGCCUGAUAACCGGCAUCGGAUACAGCUUGUGUUUUUCAACAGUGGUAGUUAUGGUCGCAAAUUACUUCAAGAAAUACCGUUCCUUCGCUAGCGGCGUUGCCCUAUCCGGAGGGGGCCUUGGAGCAAUGUUGCUUCCCUACCUCAUCAGAUAUUUUAUCAAUCAAUAUGGUCUCCAGGGAGCCAUGCUGAUCUAUGCAGGCAUCAUGGGUAAUUGCUGUGUGUGUGCCAUGCUCCUCCGUCCAUUUACUAGCUAUCCUCUAAAGAGCAAAACACUAAAGAGUUCCUCUACUCAUGGAGACAGAGAACAGGUAUUGUUGAUAAAACAGAGCGAAUCUAAAGAUAAAUGCAAAGACAGCGGUAAAGAAAAAACAACAAUCAUUUUAUAUGAUUCAGCCCUGGAAAAUGAGGAUUGUGCUGUAAUGUUAUCACAUCAGCACUGUGAUGACACUGACUCGAACAAUCUCUCCCCAAAAGCUCACAUCGAAAGAAGACCACACCUUUCCAACGGAAGUCUAAAUGUUAUGGCCGCCUCCAUAUCCUGUCAAAGUAUUCCUCAGAGUUUUGAGCCACCUCCCAACAAACAUAUCGUUAAAAACAAUCCUACAAAGACAAAGAAAACGUUUCUCCAUGAAAUUAAAUGGAAGCUGUUUCUCAAUCCUGUUUUUACGGUGUUUUUUGCUUUGACUUUUUUUUCAAUGGUAAGCUAUCAUAGUUUAUUCAACGUAGUUCCGCCUUUCGCCGACGAGCUAGGUAUGUCAGGUGAGGAUGGUGCACUUGUGUUGUUGAUAUUUGGUGCAACAGAUCUUACAGGACGAAUAGCAGUCGGCAUAUUGAUGGACAUAUUCCCAAAACAACGUCACGUCAUCUUUACCAUAUGUGUUGGAGUUUGUGCCGUGGGUGUGAUCGUGACGCCAUUGUUUCGGUCUUUUCUGACGUUAUCCCUGUUCAUGGCGUCGUACGGCUGCUUUGCCGGAGGAUACAAUAGCACCUUA